AUGGCGGAGCCAGCGCAGAAGAAGGCUCGCACUUCCCGCACCUUCCUCUUCUCCUCCGAGUCGGUGAACGAAGGCCACCCGGACAAGAUCUGCGACCAGGUCUCCGAUGCCGUCCUCGAUGCCUGCCUGAAGGUGGACCCCAAGAGCAAGGUGGCCUGUGAGACGGCCACAAAGGACAACAUGGUCAUGGUGGCUGGUGAGAUCACCACAGGGGCAAAGCUGGACUACGACAAGGUGGUGCGUGGAGUCGUUGCGCAGAUCGGCUUCGACAGCUUCGUGGAUGAUCUUUCCAGCGUGGACAGCAAGGGCCUGAGCCACAAGACCUGUGAGGUGCUGGUCCGCAUCAACAAGCAGAGCCCGGACAUUGCCGGCGGAGUGCAUGUCGGUAAGGACGAAAUGGAUGUGGGAGCUGGGGACCAGGGAAUCAUGUUCGGUUAUGCAAGCGAUGAGACUUCGGAUUGCAUGCCGCUGACCCACUCCAUGGCCACAAGGCUCGGCAAGACCCUGACAGAAGUGCGCAAGAGCGGCGAGUGCUGGUGGCUGCGACCUGACGGCAAGACGCAGGUAACGAUCGAGUACAUGCAGCACCCG